UCCCGGCGCAGGGUAGCGCUACGUUUAGCCUGAAUGAGCCGCACCAACAUUAGCUAGCCUGUCGUUCAGCUGGCCGUCUUGGCGACUGAAAUGGCUCAGUGGAAGCUUUAGUGGCUUUCCAACAUGUGAAACCCUGUCCGCAUUGUGUGAACCAGCAGGGAAUCAGACAAUCGCCAGUGGUGCAGCGGACGUGGUGGCUUUGCAAUAAGGAUCAUGUGGUGGGCCUGGCCGUUCCUGCCCGCUCUGGUGCUUCUCUCAGAGCUCUCUGUGGUCAGAGUCCAGACAGCGCCGUGCCAAACCUGCCAAAAACUCACAGAGAGUUUUAUUAAGGGCUUGGAGAAAACGGCAAACAAGAACUUUGGGGGAGGAAACACUGCCUGGGAAGAGGAAAAGCUGGCUAAGUAUGCACGCAGUGAGACUCGGCUCCUGGAGAUAGUAGAAGCUGCUUGUGAGAAAACAGACUUUGAAUGUAACCAGCUGCUGGAGCAGAUAGAGGACCAAGUAGAGACAUGGUGGUUCCACAGGCAGCAGGAGGCACCAGACCUGUUUGAGUGGCUGUGCAUAGAGGAGCUGAGGCUCUGCUGUCCACCUGGACGCUUUGGACCUGACUGCAAAGAGUGUCCAUCCAGCCCUGGUGGUGUGUGUGGAGGUCUGGGUCGCUGUGAGGGCGAGGGCACUCGCCUUGGAGAUGGAGAGUGUGUGUGUGAUCCCGGAUACUCGGGUCGACUGUGCCAGAGCUGUGCUGAUGGCUACUUCAGAGAGAAAAGCUCCAAUAACAGCGUAGGAGCCUGUGCAGCUUGCUACCACUCCUGUAAGAAAUGUGCGGGGCCACAGGACUACAAAUGCCUUGACUGCAAACCCGGCUGGAUGCUUCAUGACAACAAGUGCGUGGACAUUGACGAGUGUGGUACAGAGCUGGCUCGGUGUCCUUCUAACACCUACUGUCACAACACAGACGGAUCAUAUGAAUGCAGAGGCUGUGACCAGGCGUGUGUGGGCUGCAUGGGUAGUGGCCCGGCUCGCUGUAAGAAAUGUUCACGUGGCUACAGAUUGCAAGGAGCCAAGUGUCUCGAUAUAGACGAAUGUAGCGAACGCGCAAUAGCAUGCCCAGGACUCAAUGAGGCUUGUAUCAAUGAGGAGGGCUCCUUCCACUGUGAUUGUGCUGAUGGAUUCAUUAGAAGAGAUAGCAUUUGUGUUGAGAAUAAGCCUCCUGUGGGGCCAGAGAAGGGGCUGUUUGACGACAUAACAGAUGAGGAGGUCCUUGUGCUGCAGCAGAUGUUCUUCGGCGUUGUAAUCUGUGCCCUAGCUACGCUGGCUGCCAAGGGUGACAUGGUUUUCACGGCCAUUUUUAUUGGAGGUGUGGCUGCUAUGGCCGGAUACUGGUUGACAGAAAAGGGAGACUACAUGCUGGAUGGAUUUCUGAAGGGACGCUAGACUGUGUGACCACGACUUAAGAAUGGAGCUUGGAAUACCAGCCAGUUAGGGUGAAAAAGACUCAACUGGGGGCAGGAAACUAUCCCUACAAUGCUAGCUUUUCAGGGAUUUAUUUGGGGAGUUACUUGAAAGGGCUUGGGGUCAUUUAUGUUUAUGAAUAGGAUAAUGCAGGAAAAAAAGAACUUGAAGGCUGCGAAGCUGUGAAUCUCGAAUAGGAAUAUUUAAGCAACACUGCACUGAUAUAAAGGAACUGAGCUCAAUCCCCUACCUCAACUUUGUUGGGAACAAGGGUGACAUGAGGACCACUCCUGAUUGUUAAAAUCUAUUAUGCAUCUGGAUGUCUCAUUUGGCCUCAAUGUUGCUCAAGAAAUGAUGUCGUUUUCUUCCACACAAUCAAAAUCUCGUGUCGUCAUCUCCAUCAUGUUUUCCAUUAUUUUCAAUGCUGUGAAGCAGAGGUUUUCCCAUAGACUGAAUGGUACGCAAGUCUUGGUUGUGCCAGGUUACUGUUACACCUAAGCUUCUUGCAUGGGCCUAGAUAAGGGAAUUUGGGGUAUUGAUGAAAACUCUGGAAUAUCUCCAUUAUGAACCACCAGUUAUUUAUGUUCACAGAAUGACUUUUUACCUCCUUACUUACUGAAUGAAUCUUUUUAGUACUAAUGCAUGAAAAUAGGAUUUGAAAUGAAAGGUACGACAUUGUAUGUAUUAAUUUAUUGUCCUACUUUGGCAUGGAAGACUGAUUUCAACAGCUUCUGGAACACAUACAUCACUGCUAUUGACCACUUAAUGAGUGUGUGAGGAAAUGUGCUUAGAUAAAUACCAGCUCUAAUCUGGACGAUUAAAGCCAUUUUCUGUUGCCUUUAUUUUAAAAGCAGUAUUUAUUGGGACGAUGUUUAUCAUAUUUUGCUCUUGGCAUUUCCUCUGUGUAUUUCUGUGUGCAAUUUCAAUGCAGUUUUUCAUCUGCUUCAUUGUACUUCUAGCAGAUAUGGUAGCAUCAUGUUAGAAAGCCACUGAAGCAUCACUUCUUACCGUCCAUCUCAUUUGUCUUUGGUUUUCCUCGUGUGGAAAGUUGCCCAGAGUCAUUUAUUAUUGAUGUUUGCUUUACAAUAAAAAGUCUG